AUGGCCCUUCUGAGCUUUGAAACACAGAAAACUGAGAACCGAGGGGCAAGUUGUGGGCCCCCUUUAUACACUCAGGGUUAUGGUCAAGCUGCUAAGGGCAAUCCUCAGAGCUCGCUAAGUGGUGCUCAGAAUCGCACAGCCACAGCUCAGAAUGGCUUAGUCACGACUCACAUUAAGUGGCGAGAUGCUCAGGUCUCGAAACGGAAAUGA